AUGCCUAAAAUUAGAAAAUGUGACUGGAUUUUAUUCAUCAUUGCUGUCUUAUGCGCAGUGGCAUCAAUUGUCACAUGGGUCACCUUCCCAAUUAUUUAUCCUAACUCAGUCAAAUCGCAUUUACAAUUUAAACAGAAUAAAGAUUUCAGCUUAAGCUUAUCUGCUUGGCUAUUCUCACAUCCACCAAUUACAAAUGUGAUGAACUUUUAUUUUUUCAAUGUCACAAAUCCCGAUGAAAUGAUUUACGCUGGAGCAAAGCCAAUGCUCAUCGAAAUAGGUCCUUAUGCUGUCAUUGAGACAGAAGAAAAGAAGUAUUUGAACUUCUCGAAAGAUUCAACCAUGGUUUUCUAUCAAAAUUAUAAAAAAUAUGUGAUUCAUAAGGAACUGUCGUGUCCUGGAUGCUCUUUCGAUUCCAUCUUCACCAUCCCAAAUCCGCCUGAGACGGGAGCUGCCGCUGAUAUGUACAACCCGAGGUAUAAUGUCACACCAACAACUCGGAUCAUCAUAGCAGCCUCAUUGCUUUUACUUGGAGAAUAUCCAUUCAUCAGUCAAUCAGUCGGAGAUAUUCUGUUUGAUGGAUAUGACGACGCUUUGUUAUCUGCCGCCCAUUCGAAUAUAGUCAACAUAUUGACUGGGCUGAAUGGAGGAGUGACGGUCAUACCCAUUCCAGUACCUGCCAUGCCACGUAUGGGGUUUUUCCAAGGAUAUAACAAUACCAACGAUGAAAGCUAUUGGGUGAAAACAGGAAAAGAAAAUAUAGAUGAAAUAGCAAAAGUUGUUACAUGGGCUAAUGUAAGUUCUUUGCCACAAUCGUGGUGGACAACUGAUUAUGCUCGAAGUAUUCGUGGAUCAGAUUCGGCUAGCUUCUCCAAGAUGCAUUUAAAGAAAACUGAUAUUAUCGAAGGAUUUCAGUCAUUCCAAUGCCGUUCAUUUAAUGCAACAUACUUGAAAGAAGAAACUGUCCAUAACAUUCCUGGCUGGAUAUACUCUGUUCCAUAUGAGGAAUAUGAUACAACAUCAGAUCAGAAUAGAGGAUUCCGAUAUGAAAACAGUGAAAAAGUCAACUAUUACCCUGAUUGGCCGGCCUGUCCACAAAAAAACAGCAGUGAAUGUGCUCAACAUGACAAAGUCGAUUGCUCAGCUUCCAUAAACUUUUGUCAUAAUUGUUGCGAAAGAUCCUUUGUGAACGGGACUUACCUGCUCCCACCUGGAAUGUUUCCGCUCGUUUGCUAUCCUGGCAGAUUACAACCAUCUCCUUUCUCAGUCAUGUACUCUCCCCCACACUUUCUUUAUUCGCCACCUGAAGUCAUCAAUUCUGUAUAUGGUUUAAACCCAUCGUAUGAGAAGCAUUUGCCAAUGCUGUACACCCACGAACCUUACUCAGGAACAGUUUUAAAGGUUAUAUAUCAAUUAAUGGUCUCAACACCAGUUUUUGCCAAUCCGAUCGUUGUCACAAACAUGCAUCUGCCGAACAGCAUUGUUCCCAUGUUUUGGCAAGGAGCCAAUGCCAUCUUAUAUGACAGUGUCUACAACGAAGUUUGGUUAGGCUUCGUGCUUGUCCCUAAGCUGGUCGACGGAAUCAAAUAUUUCUUAUUAGCUUUAUCACUAUUUAUAAUACUAGUAAUUGCAUUUUUGCUUUUCAAACGACGUAAAUCAAAAGCUGGUGAUAUGGAAGACACGAUGGUGACGCUCUAA